AUGAGCCGGAAGCGUGCCGCUCCGGAGGGCUCCCUCACCUUCUUUGUUGAGCUCAACACCGGCAAGGAGGAUCUCGUGGCUCGUACAGCUGAGAGUGUAUCCGACCCCAAAUCCCCCUCCUAUGGCAAGUACCUUUCCGCUGAGGAGCUCAGGGAACUGGUGGCUGCGCCGCAGGAGGUGGAGGACCACGUCACACAGUGGCUUCACGCGACAAGAAUUGCCCAUGACGAGCCUUUGGAGGUCGAAUCCUACGGAGAUGUCCUCCGGGUGAGCACCACGGUCCAGAACACCGAGCAGUUGUUCGACACUCAGCUUGCCCAUUUCACGCAUUCCGAGUCUCAGCGCUCGGCUGUCCUCAUCACCAGUUCUGCCACACUGCCGGUUGAUAUUAGCCAGUAUGUGCGGGGCGUCGUGGGUCUCGCGGAGGUGAUGACCAGCCACCACGUUACGCGAUGGGCAAACAAGAACCAGAAGGUCUUGCGGGCCUACUACAACGUGUCGUCAGACCUCUUUGCUUCCCCCGAAGUGUCUCAGGGCAUCAUUUCGUUCAACGACGCUUUCUCGCCUAAGGCCCUGCAGACCUUUUGUGAGGCGUUCGACCUCAAUGUUCCUGAGGUUAUUCAGGUCAAUGGCGUGGAUUCCAACGUCCCAGGCACAAGCGGUCGAGUGUUGGCUUACGGAGAGAGCGAUCUCGACGUCCAGUACAUCACGGCCAUGGCCCGCAAUGCCACCACUUACCACCACAACAACGACAACGCCGAGUUUGGAUUUUAUUGGUGGGCUCUCGAGGUUGCCGCGUCUCCCAACCCGGCCAUGGUAUACUCCAUGUCCUGGGGUAUGGACGAAACGUCUCUUCGGGGCAGGAAGGUUCACAGCAUCACCAGCAUGGAUGAUAAGUUGGCAAGAUUGGCCUUGCGGGGCAUUACCAUCCUCGCUUCUGCAGCCUUCGGGUGGCUGUUUUCGCGACCCACCGACCUCAACCCCGUCAGGGAGUUCCUCCGUAAACAGGAAGGUUGCAAUGCCACUGUUGAAUGGGACAACGCAGGCCAGCCGUGGCUCUACUCUGAGUGCGAGUGCUCUGAUUUCAAGUGGAUGGAUCUCGGAACAGCACGGUUCAGAGAUUGGACCCCCGCCACGGCUUCUUGGCCCAAGUUGACGGCUGCCUACCCCGCCUCCAGUGAGGAGAUCGUUGGCGCGUACGGACCAGACUCCAUUUCGUACUACACCACCGGCGGUGGUUUCUCGGCAAUCUUUCCGCGCCAGCCGUGGCAGGAGGGUUCCGUGUCCGCGUACCUCGCUAAUGACUCCAUUCAAUCUGAGCUGCCCCCUACAUCUGUCUACCGCGCCGAAGGUCGUGCAUUCCCCGACAUCAGCCUCGUAGGAGCGAAUUACUUGAUUGCUUAUGCCGGCCCAACCGGCAAAGAUGAGCCCUUGUUGGGGUUCCUCAACCCGAUUCUCUACCAAAUGGCCCGUGACCGGCCGGAAGCCUUCCACGACGUGGUCACUGGCAGCAACAAGGGCACUACCGGCUAUACUUGCCAGUAUGGAUGGCCGGCGGCCUCAGGCUGGGAUGCCGCGAGUGGCCUGGGUACCCCCAACUUCGGCAUCAUGGCGGACUACCUCCUCAACUUCGACGCUUGCUAA